AUGUCACAAUUUUCAAUUACAGGUUACAGUAAUAGUGAUAAAAUAGCUCAACAUUUACUAGAAAAUAUCAAACUGUUUCAUGUGUUUGACGACAACAUUGGGACAAACCUAGUGUUUGUAACCAACAAUGAUAUUGUCUACGGAUUGGGUGCCAAUCAGUACGGGUCACUGGGUUUGGGUCACAAUCAACAGGUCGACGAACCAGUAUGUGUGCCGGAACUUAGUGGCCAACGGGUACAACAUUUUACAAAUGGCUCGUCAUUUGCUAUGGCAAUCACUGGUGAUCAUCAGGUUUACAGUUGGGGACACAACGAUUGGGGACAGUUGGCCAGAAAGCGUACUGCCAAUCAUCAGCAUUUAAAACCGGAAAAAAUUAUGUUUCCAAACAAUGAAACAAUAAAUCAGUUAAGUUGCGGACAAUUUCACACAUUGGCGCUGACCACUCGGGGAACGGUAUACGCUUGGGGUAACAAUUGUGAUGGACAGUUGGGCUGUGGUAUGCCUAUGACAAGAUCGAGUAUAUCAGAUAGACCGGCACUGGUAUGUUUCAAGCCUGGCACCUAUAUUGUCGAUGUCUAUGCUAGCAAGUUUUGCUCGUUUGCUAUCACCAGUGAGGCCCGGGUAUACAGUUGGGGUCAAAACAGUUAUCACCAGUUGGGCCACAAAGACAAACAAUCAUUAGCUAAACCAAAAUUAGUGCACAAAUUAAAGCGCGUGCAACGUGUUUGUCAUUCGUGGUCAACAUGUGUCAGCUAUUUUUUGACAAUAUCGGGACAGUUGUAUUGUUGUGGUAUAUUCAAAGAGGCAUCAAAUCAUAAACUAAUUGAUAAUCAUUUUGUCGAUAUUGUCAAACUGGGUGAGGGAGCCUUUGGACAGGUAUUCAAAGCGAGACAAAAAUCAGACAAUUGUUUGUUUGCCAUCAAAACUAUUUAUAUGGAUGAUUUAUCCGAUGAAACCAAACAAAAAGCAUUAAAAGAAGCAAAAGGGUUGGCAAAUGUCAAAUCCAAAUACGUUGUCGACUACUGGAACUCUUGGAUUGAGGACAACCAUCUAUACAUUCAGAUGGAAUACUGUACGACAACACUCAAUGAUUUACUGCAAAUCAGAUCAAACAUAUUCAACAGAUCCAGUGAUCAACCCAUGGAUUCUCUAGAGUUUUAUAUGUCGUGCGAAUUGUUUAAGGAAGUACUCGAAUGUGUCCAUUAUAUACAACAACAAGAUAUCAUUCAUCGGGAUCUUAAACCAGAAAAUAUUCUGGUCGUUGAUAUUACCUAUCAAUUGCAUAUCAGAUAUCUACGAUUGGGUGACUUUGGACUGGCCAUUGAAACUAACAGUCCGCACAAAACAUCCGGUAGUCCUCAAUAUAUUGCACCUGAAGUUAGUAGAGGUGUAAAAAAUACUAAAAAAUCUGAUAUCUAUAGUGUAGGAUGUAUUGGCCAGAAAUUGUUUGAUAUUAAUCUAACUGAUUCAAAGCGUAUUGAAAAAUAUCAAAAUCAUAAACUAUAUAAAUAUGUAGAAAAACUUGAUAAAUAUCUAUCAAAAAUGGUCGAUCAAUUACCCAGAAAACGACCCGAUUUAGCCACUGUACUGAAUAAACAUGGUAAAUGGAUGCCCGAAAUGAGCAUGCUAUUGAUGACGGUAUCGGCAAAUUGA